CAUGUUUUAUAUUCUUAAUUAACUGACAUUAAUUUGUAGAGAUCUGUUCUCACUUUGACAUGAAAGUCUUUUCUGUAAGUUCUUGUCUAAAAGGCGCCAUUAUUAAACAUUCGUGUGAGUUUCUGAGGAAUGUUUUUGGAUCCGUUGACUCCCAACAACCAGCUGGAGGUGAAACUGAACAUCGAUUCUGAUGUGUGUUCAGAGGAGUUCCCCAAAGUUCAUCGACCUGAAAUCCAGCAGCAAAAAACCUCAGAGGAUCAGAAACAACCAAACUGUUCAGAUCAGAAACGCUGCAGAGAACCAGAACCAAGAGGAACCUCAGAGUCUGAGGCGACGAUCUCCAGAAGUCUCCAGGUGUUCCUCGAGUCUCCAGGUGUUCCUCAGGUCUCCAGGUGUUCCUCAGGUUUCCAGGUGUUCCUCAAGUCUCCAGGUGUUCCUCAAGUCUCCAGGUGUUCCUCAAGUUUCCAGGUGUUCCUCAAGUCUCCAGGUUCUUCCAGGUGUUCCUUGGGUGUUCCUCAGGCCUCCAGUUGUAUCCAGGUGUGUCCAGGUGCUUCCAGGUGCCUCCAGGUAUCUCCAGGUGUGCGUGGGUCCGUCCAGCAGCAUGGCAGUGGCCCUCCAGGUGGUGGGUCUGGUUCUGGGCGUGGUCUCCUGGUGCCUCCAGUCCAGCUGCACCUCCUCCCAGGUGUGGAAGGUGAGGAGUCAGGCCGAGUCGGUGAGCAGCAGCCAGUGGACGUUUGAAGGUCUGUGGAUGAGCUGCGCCGCCACGUCGCUCGGUUCCGUCCAGUGCAGCCGCUUCAAGACGGUCCUGGGACUCCCUGUUCACCUGCAGACCUGCAGAGCUCUGAUGAUCAUCUCGCUGCUGCUCGGCUUCGCCGCCAUCAUCCUCUCGGUUCUCGGACUGAAAUGCACCAAAAUCGGCCGAACAUCAGAUCAAGUCAAAGACCAGAUCGCACUGAGUGGAGGAGUCAUGUUCAUCCUGUCUGGUGUUUUCACUCUGACUGCAGUUUCCUGGUACGCUGCCAAAGUCAUCCAGGAUUUCUAUGAUCCUCUCUAUGGAGGCGUCCGCUUCGAGCUCGGUGCUGGUUUGUAUCUGGGUUGGGCAGCUUCCAGUUUGGCUUUACUGGGAGGAUCGAUGCUCUGCUGCUCCUGCAGGAGGAUAAACUCUGGCCCUCCUGUCAGGCAGUUUUUGUAUUAUUCCAGCUCCGGUCGAGGUCAGAACAUCUACAGAUCAGCAGCAGCUUCAGAAAGCAGCAGCUCCAAAGCUUACGUCUGAACCACUAAACGUCUAAAUAUCGUUUUUAUUUUCUGUCCGAAAACCUGAAAAUUUCUGUUUCUGUUGUAAAUAAAUUGUUUGUUGAAUCUGGA